AUCAAGAGAAGAAACACAAACAGAGCCCAUUUAUCUUCAGCAGAUUUUUACAAGGGCUGUUUCUGGAAGACUUGCUGUAGCGUUGAUUCCUUUCUUGUCAAAUUUCACUUUGUUUUGUGACUUGAAGGUCUAAACAUGAGAUUUGGAGUCCUGGCGUUGCUGGUUCUUGGAACCUGCUCAUUGAAUGUGUCGUGUGUGCCACUACAAUCUGUGUUUGUGACGUUCCCUGGGGAUGUGAUCAAGAACAUGACGGAUAUAGAUCUGGCAGAUGCAUACCUGAAGCGUUAUGGUUACAUAGAUGUCCAGCAGAAGAGCGGGCUGCAGGCAGUUGCCUCCACUUCUAAAGCUCUGAAGAUGCUCCAGAAGAAGCUUGGGCUGGAGGAGACAGGGGAACUUGACUCACCUACGAUUGAUGCUAUGAAGCAGCCCCGCUGUGGCGUCCCAGAUAUCCGCAACUAUCAGACCUUUGCAGGGGACCUGAAAUGGAACCGCAAUGAGGUUACAUACAGGAUUUUGAACUAUUCUCCGGACUUGGAAUCUACUUUGAUCGAUGAUGCAUUUGCUAGAGCUUUCAAGGUGUGGAGUGAUGUCACACCUCUGACAUUUACACGCCUCCACGACGGCAUCGCUGACAUCAUGAUCUCCUUUGGGAAAGGAGAUCACGGUGAUCCAUACCCAUUUGAUGGCAAAGACGGGCUGCUGGCUCAUGCUUAUCCUCCUGGUGAAGGAAUUCAAGGGGAUGCCCACUUUGAUGAUGAUGAACACUGGACCCUUGGAAAUGGAGCAGCCAUUCAGACUCGCUAUGGUAAUGCAGAGGGUGCCCUGUGUCACUUCCCGUUUGAGUUUGAAGGACAGUCUUACUCAACCUGCACAACUGAUGGCCGCACAGAUGGGCUCCCCUGGUGCGCUACCACUCCAAACUACGGCAAAGACAAAAAAUAUGGCUUCUGUCCCAGUGAGCUUCUCUUCACAUUUGAUGGGAACAGCAAUGAGGCACCAUGUGUCUUCCCCUUUGUGUUCGAAGAAAAAAAAUAUGACUCAUGCACCACAGAAGGGCGGAAUGAUGGGUACCGCUGGUGUGCCACUACUGCUAAUUUUGACAAAGAUAAGAAAUAUGGAUUCUGCCCUAACAGAGACACAGCUGUGAUUGGUGGAAAUUCAGAGGGAGAACCAUGCCAGUUUCCCUUCACCUUUGAGGAAAAGGCAUACACUUCGUGCACAAGUGAGGGCCGGAGCGAUGGAAAACUCUGGUGUGCAACUACCAGCAGCUAUGACAAAGAUAAAAAAUGGGGAUUUUGCUCUGAUAGAGGAUACAGUCUGUUCCUGGUGGCUGCCCAUGAGUUUGGACAUGCACUUGGCCUGGACCACUCUACAGUCAGAGAUGCUCUGAUGUUUCCCAUGUACAAAUAUGUAGAGGAUUUCUCCCUGAACAGUGACGAUAUUAAGGGCAUUCAAUAUCUAUAUGGACCUAGAACAGGCCCUACCCCUGCUCCCCCAAAACCCAAGACAACCACUUCCUCUCCAACUGAUCCCACCCCAGAUGAGACCACUGUUUCCACCACAACACAUGUAGUCCCUUCGCAGGAUGCAUGCCAGAUCAGUGAAUUUGACACCAUCUCUGAUAUCCAGAAGGAGCUUCACUUCUUCAAGAAUGGGCACUACUGGAAGAUCACAAAAGCUGGAGAACGCAAAGGUCCAUUCCUGAUAUCUGAGAAAUGGCCUGGCCUGCCAGCUGUCAUUAAUACUGCCUUUGAGGAUCACCUCACUAAAAAGCUCUACUUCUUUGCAGACAAACAGUUCUGGGUGUAUACUGGAAAAGACGUGCUUGGUCCACGUAAAAUUGAGAAACUCGGCCUACCAAGCACCCUAGAAAGAGUGGAAGGAGCAUUGCAGAGAGCAAAAGGCAAGGUUCUCCUGUUUAGUGGCGAGAACUUUUGGAGACUGGAUGUGAAAGCUCAGAUGAUAGACGCAGGGUAUCCUCGAGAAACUGAAUUAGCUUUUGGUGGAGUGCCCAGUGAUUCACAUGAUGUGUUUCUCUACAAAGGAUUCUUUUACUUUUGCCGGCAAAGCUUCUACUGGAGAAUGAACGGCAAAAGGCAGGUUGACCGUGUUGGACAUGUGAAGUACGACCUCCUGAAAUGCUAAGGCGUGCAGUUGCUCCUCGCAGUAAACACGUCCGACAUUCUAACUUGAUGACAGACACCUUUUUAAUAGGGAAACCAUUUUUUUUCUUCAGUGAAAGGGUAGUGAGGAAGACAUAGAAUGUAUUAAAUGUAAAGUCUCUGUUAUGGGGAUUUUGACUUUUACUAUUAUAGGAGAAGAACAGUUUACACUGAAAUUAUCGCUGGCAAAUGACACAGGAUGUAUGUCCUAUUUGUAUUUCAGCUCGAAGAUGGUCUUAUAAUUUAUUUUACGCCAACUAUAAUACUGCUUUGGUCAUGAUGUUUGUUUCCAGAUCGUUAAGAGAAAGAAUGCUCCUGUUUGCCUUUAAAAAACUAUAAUGAAGCAAUGCCAUGCGAACCAUGAGAAUUAACUUUGUGUUUGUGAAUGUAUGAGUCGAGUCACCAUCAGUGACCUGCCGCUUAUGAGCAACAAUGCAUAUUCAAUGUGAUCCCACUCAAAUGUUUUCCAAUGCAAAGGAUUAUUUUUGCCUUAGAGCUAAUUUUAAGAUAUUAAACCCAUAUUUUUGGCGUAUUGUCAAAAUCAUUUGCCUGGUGUAAAUGGUAAUAUUAUUAAUUUAAUGUUCUUCAUUUCUCUUAUUUAUACAUUUGUGUUUGCUUGAUGCAAUGUUUAUGUUUACUUAAUAAAUUUGUAAACAAGA